AUGUCUAUCGCUGGUGUAGUGGAUUGGGAGUUCACUUAUGCAGCACCAGUGGAAUUUUCAUAUGCGCCACCAUGGUGGCUCCUUAUUGAGAGGCCGGAGUACUGGUCUGAAGGGAUUGAGGACUGGACCCGAACAUUCGAUCGUCGCCUAAACACAUUCCUCACGGCAAUGAGGAGUUGUGAAGAUAUGGCCGUUCAACAAGGCCAGCGCCGGCUCUCGGAUCAGAUGCAACGGAGUUGGAAGAGCGGAGACUUCUGGGUAUCGUAUGCGAUUUUGCACAGCUUUGCGUUUGACUCGAUCUACUGGCAGAAGAUCGACCAGCGGGUUUUUGGACCCACAGAGACCGACGAUCCUAGCGACGCCUGGAAAGAGCGGAUGGGCCUGCUGGAUGAAACCCAAAAAGGUGACAUGGAGCGGCUGGUGAAGAGGAAGCUUGAGAAGAUGGAAGACAGGGUCUUGGCGUGGGACCCGGAUGAGUAUACUGAAUCAUUUCGUCAAAAAUUGAUGCGGACGAGAGAAGAAAAAGCAAAGGUGAACAAGGGCCUCCUGAAUAGAUAA